AUGUCUAUUUGUGAAAUCUGUUUUAUAAAAGACAAACUUAUUAUUUGGUAUUCAUUUCCAAUUCAAAAUUAGUCCUAAAUGCUCUAGAAAUGUUUGUUCAUUGUGCAGUAAAUUGUCAGAUUGCGAUAUUUGCAUUCUAAUUGAAAUGAAAUUUGCAUUCGUAAUAAUCAACCAUAAAUAUUAGCUAUAUUAACAACAUAAGUCACAAACUGAAGAACAAGCCUAUCAAUUAUAAUAAAUCAAUGAGAAGAUAAACACUAUUAAUCAAGAAAUUUCCUUAAUUUAAAAGGUAAGUUCACACCUAGAUAAACAUGAAAAUAAAAAAAGUGAAUCACUAGAGUUUUAAAUGAGUGAAACAAUCAUUGAUAAACAACAUGAGCUUGAAGAUAUCGAAGGGGAAAUUGAAAACUAAAAAGUAUAGUAGAUUGAUUUUAUUAUGAUUUUAGUUGAUGAGGGCAAUGAAGAAUUAAAUGCAUUAAAAAGUUAGCAAUUAAAAUUAUCCACACAAAAUAAGGAAUUGGACUUAAAAAUCAAUGAAGCUGAGAAAGAAUAUGAAGUGCUUCAAGAAACUCUGAAUUUAAAGAAAUAGCAAAUAUAUUAGAUCUUAUAAACUCUGAAAAAUAAAACUAGUUUAUUACGAGGAAGCUAAGAAGAAAAGCAUUAUUCUUAAAGCAAUUUAGGACUGACUCUUCCUGGGAAGUAACAAAAGACUAUUUCAGGAGAAGAAAAAUCAUAAAAUCCAGGGUAAUAUAGUUAUUAGAUCUAUAUAGAUUAUGUGCCGGAUAGUGUUUGGUAUAAUGA